UGAACCUACCUUGGCCAAAAGAUACAGGAUGAGACCACGAAUCAUGACAGAAAUGCGGUAUACUUCUAGUCUGUUUGUGAGAUGUAUAAAGGAGAUGGAGGUGCGAAGCUUCAGUUCAGGAGAACACGGACCAGUCACAGUUUAUGGGCAAAUUGGAAGUCCCUAUACUAGAAAAGUUGAGGCUGCCCUUAGAUACAAACAAAUACCAUUUAUCAAGAAAGAUCUCAUGCCUGGAAAUGUUGGCGGGGACUGGGAGGAUCGAGGCUUGAGCAAAAUUGUGCCCAAAGUAAUACCAGUUGUAAAGUUUAACGAUGGUACAUUAAUGAAUGAUUCAACAAAAAUUCUUCAGGAUUUGGACAGAAGAUACACAGAUAGACCGAUUUUACCCAAGGACAAAGGGGAGCGUUUUUUGUCUCUGUUGUUGGAGGAUAUGUUUGAUGAAUGGGGAACCAAGAUUAUGUUUGGCAUGCGUUGGUUGGAUAAGAUAGAUCAGGACUGGAGUGGAACAUGGCUUGCUCUAGAUUCAAUGCUCGGGAAAGGGGUAAAAUUGGACCAGGUCAAUAAAGUUAGAUUUGGACCAGGUCAAUAA